UCGUCUCCGUGUGUGUGUUUGUAUAUGUGUGUGUGUGUGUGGAUGUUACUGACUGUCCGGGACUCAGCUCCUGGAACUGAAACUCUUCUCUUCAGUGGAUUCAGGAUUUAGGACGAGCCCCGGGGAAAAGUGUGAAGGUCAAAGGCCAUGGGAAGGUCACGGGGGCCGGAGGUCCCGCUCCUUCUCCUCCUCCUCUUCAUCUCCUUCGUUUCUUCUCUCUUUCCACCGCAGCCCAGAGUCUUCCUCCCUUUUCAAGAGCUGCAGACGAGUCAGUCGUUCGAGUUCUACACGCUGGCGGAGAAGCAGAUGGACUACAGGAUCCUGUAUGUGGAUGAAGAUCAGGACCGGAUGUAUGUGGGCUGUAAAGAUCAUCUCCUCUCCAUGGACAUCAACAACAUCACUCAGGGAACACUGAAGAUACACUGGCCCGCGUCCAGCACAAAGAUCGAGGAGUGUCAGAUGGCUGGCAAAGAUCCAACUCAUGGCUGUGGAAACUUCCUGCGAGUGAUUCAGCCCUAUAACAGAACUCACCUGUUCAUCUGCGGCAGUGGAGCCUACAGCCCUGUGUGUGCGUACGUCAACCGCGGCCGACGCCCACAGGAGAAAGUGUUUCACGUCUCCUCAAAGUCAGAGUCGGGAAAAGGACGCUGCUCUUUUAACCCGCAAGUCAACACUGUCUCUGUUAUGCUGAAUCAGGAGCUUUUCUCAGGCGUGUACAUCGACUUCAUGGGGACAGACGCUGCCAUCUUUAGGAGCCUGACCGACAGGAACGCAGUGAGGACGGACCAGCACAACUCCAAAUGGCUGAGCGAGCCGGUGUUCAUCGACGCUCAGCUGAUCCCCGACGGUUCUGAUCCGAACGACUCCAAACUCUAUUUCUUUUUCCGUGAGAGACUCACAGACAACAGCGGCAACACCAAGAACAUCCACACCAUGGUGGCCCGAGUCUGUCCCAAUGAUGCAGGUGGUCAGCGCAGUUUGGUGAACAAGUGGACAACGUUCCUUAAGGCCCGCAUGGUGUGUUCUGUGGUGGAGGGAGACGGUACUGAGACCCACUUCGACGAGCUUGAGAGUGUGUUUCUGCUUGAGACUGAAAACCCCAAAGGCCUUCUAUUAUACGGACUGUUCACUUCCACCAGCUCAGUGUUUAAAGGUUCAGCGGUGUGUGUGUACAACAUGGCCGAUGUGCUGACGGUGUUUAAUGGGCCGUUCGCUCACAGAGACGGACCGAAUUUCCAGUGGACACCAUUCCAGGGACGAAUGCCGUAUCCACGACCCGGAACUUGUCCCGGGGGUGCGUUCACGCCCCAUAUCCGGAGCACUAAGGAGUUUUCUGAUGAUGUGGUGACGUUCAUGAGGAAUCACCCGCUGAUGUUUAAUUCCGUUUACCCGCUGGCCCGGAGACCGCUGCUGCUGCGCACACACGCAGACUACAGAUACACCGCCAUCGCCGUCGACCAGGUGCACGCUGCUGACGGCCUCUACCACGUCCUGUUCCUAGGCACAGACAGAGGUACAGUGCAGAAGGUGGUGGUCUUACCCACUAACCGCUCCCUGGAUGAGGAUCUGAUCCUGGAGGAGCUGGAAGUGUUUAAGAAACAAGCUGCAAUAACCAACUUGAGGAUCUCCUCCAAGAAGCAACAGCUGUACGUGAGUUCAGAGUAUGGUGUAUCCCAGGUGUCCCUGCACCGUUGCCAUGCCUACGGCUCAGCGUGCGCAGAUUGCUGUUUGGCCCGAGACCCGUACUGCGCCUGGGACGGGCGGAGCUGUUCUCCUUUCUACCCAACAGGAAAGAGGAGGAGCAGGAGGCAGGACAUCAUGCACGGAAAUCCACUCACACAGUGUCGAGGCUUCAACCUGAAAGCUUACAGGAAUGCAGUAGAGAUGUCUCAGUAUGGAGUGAAGCACAACACCACGUUUCUCGAAUGUUCACCAAAAUCACCACAAGCCUCCGUGCAGUGGCUCAUCCAGAGACAGAACGACCGCAGGAAAGAGGUGAAGAUGAGCGAGCGUGUGAUAGCGACGGAGCAUGGCCUCUUGAUCCGCUCGGUGCAGCUCUCCGACGAGGGUCUGUACCACUGCAUAGCCACGGAGAACGGCUUCAAGCGGACGCUCUCCAAGAUCCGGCUUAACGUGCUGAGCGAGGCGCUACUGAGCGCGCUUGGUGACAAGCGCUCGUCACUGUGGAAACCCAAAGCGCUGGCGUCGGCCCUGGGCCCGUCGGAGACGCUCGCCAUGCAGCAGUACUGCAAAGAACGCCAGCAGCUGCAGAGUUUCCGCCUGAAUUCCCGAGGAGACCUGGGGAAACUUAAACCGCUGCUGGAGAACCACAAGAGCCGGAACCGCCGGAACCACAGACACGCUGAGUAGAGACAGGGGACAAACAUGGAGUCCUGGGGCGAUAAGGGCGGAGCUUAGGUUGAAUUUAAACAGCCAAUCAGAAAUUACUGUAUUCCAUAUUUAUGAAAAUUGAGUGACAUUACGUGACAACGCUCAACAAGCGAAUCGGAAGCUAUGUUAUGCUAAGCUAAUCUAGGUUAGCAUAGCGUUAAAGAAUACAGGUUUUAAUUACACCAUGAAAUACUUUCCCCUGUGCACGGCUGUUACUCAGAGAACCAGCUAAACACUAGCACUAUCAUUAACAUGCUAAAACCUGGUUGGCUCUCGGAGUAUUUCGCUUAUUUUCAUAUUCAACUUGAUUGGCUCUCAUAUAUUUGUCAGUAGCUUGGUUGCUCCUAGCAGCAGCUUAUGCUAGUUCACUGUUCGUUAAACUGUUUUAUUUUGCAAAUUAAUCUGUUAAAAAAUUGUCUGAUCAAAACCAGGACCUGAUAAAUUAGCUAAGGUUGACUAGAUGAUGUGAGAUAUAUUCAUAUUUUAAAGCUAAUGAAAUCCAAGAGCCACGUUUGCUAGCAUGACAUAUUGUUUUGGAAUUACGUUAGCUAGCAUGCUAGUCAUCUGCAGGUCAAUAACUAAGUUUGCAAUUAAGAUAGCUAAUAAUUUAUCACAUAAGGAAUAUGAUUAGCCAUGUUUAAUAGCAAAAUAGCUAAAUUACUGUUGGUUUAACAAUUCUAUGGUGUAAUUAAAACCUCGCUAGUUGGCUAGUUAACAUAAUACUAGCUAUUUCAUAGCUAUUUCAUUAGCUAUUUCAUAAUUAAUGUUAUUAAAAUCAGUAGCUAGGUUUGCUCGCAAUCAAGCUCAUUAUUUAUAUCCGCUCUGUAGCUAGCUAGUUAGCUAGCUAGUUUGGCAACGUUUCCCAGCCAUCUAGCUAAAACAUCACAUGAUGAUUUCUUCAGUGAUUGGACGAGCAAAUUGAACGUGAGCUACGUUCUUCUCUGGUUGAGAGCUUCAGGACAGAAGGAACGGAGGACUGACGGGAAACGUGUUUUCCAAAUGAAGCAGAAGGAAGGAGAGACGGAUGAAGGAGUGCAGAAGAAACAUUUAGAGGAGAUUUAGGACUUGGAAAGAAAAGAAAGACUUUAAAACUUCUUCUCUAAUAGGAACCUGAUGUUCCUCGCUCCGGUUCUUCUGUACAGGAGCUUUUAACAUGCAUGACGUUACGCUGACCAGAUGACUGUGACACACACACAC